AUGGGAAUUCCUCAUCUUCUGAAUCAUCUGUCCCCUUAUGGAGUGUUUGGGGCCCUCGAUGGCGACAGAGUUGUCAUUGAUGGCCCUGCAUUGGCCUCCGCCAUCUACUUUGACGGCUUCCUCCCAGCAUCAAAAGCAGAAGUCCGUCUGGAGAGGAUACUCAAGGUAUCCUCAUCCCUCAAAAUCUUCCGCUCAGGCUUUCCCAACGGAUGCCCAGCAAAGCAAAUCGCAUCAACUCGUCUCUCACUGCCGCCUCUGUUUCCUACCGACGCCCCCAAACGAGAUCAGCCCCUGAUCCCACCGCCAGCAUUCCUCGUUGCAGCCAUCGUCGACAAGCUAGAAUCGAUCGAAAAGUAUGCCUCUCUCGUCCGCCUGGUCCCCGGCGAAGCAGACGCCUAUUGCGCAGAAGACGUCCUACGCAACGGGGGAACCAUCCUGACCUCGGACUCCGAUCUCACCGUCCACGACCUGAAGACGGGAUCCGUCGCCUUCUUUAGAGACCUACACAUCGGCCCAACCGACGACGGCAAAUCUGCUCUCCUGGGCCCCAAAUUCUCACCCUCGGAGAUUGCCAAACGUCUACAGCUUCCAGAGGACCAAGGCAUGCGCAGGUUCGCCUAUGAGCUCUCCAAAUCCACCCGGCCCAAAUUCGCACAAGUCCUCGAAAACUGCAAAGGCGAGCUCGUAGAUCCGGAAGAGUUCCGCGCCUUCUGCGCGCCGUAUGAGACACUCGAGACUACAGACUGGAGCGCUGUGCCGGUCCUAGGCAGCCUCGACAAGCCCUACCUCGACGCGAGGCUAUCCGAGGUCGUUCUGCAAUGUGUAGGCUACUCCGGGGUAGUGAAGCCGCCCGCGGGCGAAUCCGGCGCCGCGGGCUGCAUGAUGUGUCUUCCGCCCCUCCUGGACUGUCCGGCUCGCGCCAGCGCGUGGGAUACCAGCGCCUCUGUACGACAGCUGGCAUACAGCCUCACAUGUCUACUGCGACCUGGAGCCGUCUCCCAUGUGAGGGAGUACCGGAGAAUGUCGUCUGGCGUGAACCAGGGCAAGUACAUGGCGAUGUUGCCCCGGCCGUGGAUCAAGGACUCGGUGAAUGUCCUUCUGAAGACCUUGACCAAGGCCAAAAAUAGCUUUAGCCAGAAGAGCUCAACCUGGCAGGCAGUGAGCUUGCAGCUUCUGCUUGCUCACGCGCAGGAAGAAGAUAAGCUGGACGCGUGUCUGAAUUCCGUCAAGCUCGCCCAAUCUGUGUCGGCAGACUCGAACCUCGUCCCGUGGGACGUCGUGCACGUAUCAGCCCAGAUCCACGCGACGCUCUACUCUCUCCGUAUCUUGGCGCAGGUCCUGGAUCUCAUGUACGAGGUCGGAGCCAAAGACCCGAUCCAAGGCUCCAAGCAACUGCGCGAGUUGUUGUCCACGUUGCCAUCUCUCACGGAAUAUCCAUCAGUUGACGGAACAAUGCGCCUUCUCGCGAGUAUGAAGUCCAGCGGUGCACUUAAUAAGAUCGCCUCGGCACUGGGUAUCUCGGACGAUCUGCUUUUGCCAUCAAAAGAAGCCAAAAACCAGAAGAAGAAACGGAAGAAGAUGGCCGAUGCAGAACCUCGUAUGAGGCCCGAGAAAAGAGCGUCUUCAAACCCCUUUGAUGUACUGGCUAGCGAAUAA